CGGGCAAAUUAAGCAAUAGGUCAGGAAAAUUAUGGAUUGACAAAUAAUGAACAAACAAUAUAUGUUUAACAUCGACGUUAACUAGUUGUUUUUAUGGUAUUGUUCUUUGUUUUAGGCAUCCAAUCCAAAGCGGUCCGAGACAAUGUUGGCUCAACUCAAAGACCGCUAUGAAGCUUUUCUGAAUGAAAAGAACUUUGUGACAGAUUUUCUGGCGAUGUUGGAGGAAAAAACAGGAGUUCAAAAACAAUAUAUCGCUUCAGGUGCUGUGGCUCUCGUUGUCCUGUACCUCAUGUUUGGGUAUGGAGCCUCACUCCUCUGCAAUCUCAUCGGCUUUGUCUAUCCAGCAUAUUUUUCCAUCAAGGCCAUCGAGAGCAACAAGAAGGACGAUGACACACAGUGGCUGACCUACUGGGUGGUGUAUGGCUACUUCAGCAUUGUCGAAUUCUUCUCUGACAUCUUCCUAUCCUGGUUCCCCUUCUACUAUGCUGGCAAGUGUGUGUUCCUGCUAUGGUGUAUGGCUCCGGUCUCCUGGAAUGGUUCUACUGUGUUGUACAAGCGUGUAGUCCGACCCAUGUUCCUGAAGCACCAGGCCACCGUGGACAGUGUCGUGAAUGACCUCAGCAGCAAGGCCAGAGACAUGGCUGAUACGGUCACCAGAGAGGCGGCUAACCUGGCUCUCAAUCAAGACAAGAACAAGUGAGGACUGGACAUAAUGUGUGUGUUUGUAUCAACUUGAAUAUCUGUAAGUUGUAUGCAUUAGUCUGUCUGUGUGUGUGUGGCUGUUUGUACGUUCCACCCAUCAUUGCUGUCAUGUGAUAAGCCUAAACAUUGCCAUCCUACAGAAGCAGUAAAGGACUCCUUUGUUCCCUGAUUGACCAGGGCUGGUUCUGUCAGAUGGAGAUGUACUCUUUGCCUGUCCUGUUUUGUGGUUAUGACUGAGAGAGAAGUAGAACACCUCACAGUGUUGAGAUAUUGCCCAGGUUAGCCAUUUAGAAUAGUCACUCCACUGAGUCAUGAAGGCUAUAAAGUUGCCCUUUGGCCCUCGGUCCAGAAUCCAAUAAAUGUACUCAUUGCUUAUGGUGGGGGUACUCAAUAGGCGGUCUCCGGUCCGGAUCUGGACCUAGACGCAAUACAAUUUGGACCAAAGCCAAAAUCAACAUUUUAAUUUAGUCAUGAUCCAAGCGAGUUUUCAUUGGUGUGUGAUUUCACGCUAUAGCCUAUAUUUUUUUCCUACUAGAUGUGGUUUCUAUCUUCCGUGUCCAAUCGAAAGGUCCAAUCAGGAGCUGUAAUAACUGUAAUCACCAUGACAACUCACUCAACGUUGGCCGCAACCUCUGCGGAUCACACAGGUUGUGUGUGUCAUUAGCAACAACACAGGCUAAUCAAUUGGACUGACAAUGCCAUUAGUGGACUGACAACACAUUUGUGCUGCCGGUGGGGAGUACAAAACCAAUGUGUUUAAUCUGCAAUGACACGGUUGCCCUUGUCAAAAGUGGUAAUGUGAAACGUCACUAUGACACAAAGCAUGGACACUUUUAACAAAAUUACCCCCAUAACUCUGAGGUAAGGGCCAGAAAAAUAAACCAACUGCAAUCAUCAUACCAAGCAACAUGCAGUGUAAUAGUUAGAUCAGCCACCCAACAAGAGCGUGCAACUGAAGCCUCAUUUAAGAGUGGCAUGGCUCUUAAGCUGUUUUGGGAAUUUGUCCAUCACUGUUCCGGACCCUGGACUAAUGAAAAUUUGGUAAGUGGACCUUUUGGGUUUCUAAUUGAGUACCCCUGCUCUAUGGGUUGGUGUGCCAAAGCAACAGAAGUAGUGUAUAUCCAAGGAACACAGGGAUUUAUCCAAGUUGUGGGCCAAACAUUUCAAAAUCCUAUAACUUUUAUUGUAAGAUUAAUUUCUUGUUUCUAAACUUUUGAAAGUUUCCAUUUUGUUUUGUACAGUCUCUCUUCUCAAAAUAAUAAAAUGUGUGCAGACAUGUUUUAUUAAUAAAGUUAAGAACUCUACUGUAAGUCUUGAUAAAUCUGUAAUGAAACUCCAAACACACAUUAAUGGCUAUGUACGGUAUAGUAAUCACAAAUAGAUUUGGGUUUUCCUGAUUGUGUAAUAUCUCAAUUAAGUACUUUACUUUGAAGCACAAUCAUUUCAAACCCUUUAAAGACUACAUCCCUCCCUUACUGACCUGUCACUUCAAGUACAUUUACCGGUAUUCACAGGGCUAAACCAUCCAUGGUGUAAUAUGUGUGGCUGCUUUCUCACGCCUGAAGGAGUCUAAAUGCAAGCUCAAUUGUGUCCACGUGGUGGAUGUAAUACAUAAGAAAAUGGUGGACAGAGAAUGGCCAUACUGCCACGGGAAGUAUAGAGCGUCCGGAAAGAUCUGUUGAAUGUUUGGUGUCUCAGUUUGAAGGUCCUAUACCCAUGACGAUUUUCCCUUUUGAAAUUAAAUGUAUUUGAAUGUAA